AACUACUGCUGUUCGCGCCACUACUACAAGCGCAACAAGAGGGAAAACCCACAAGCAGCAGCUUGACUCAUCUUGUUCGCAUGAGCACCCUUGACCCGCUGAAUCCCAUCAAUCGCCGGACUGUCCGCUUUGACAUUGAUCCCAGCAAAGAAGAUCAGAAGUCAUUAGCCCGAAAGGCGAAAGCAGUGAAACAAAAGAAAAUGGCAGCCGAAGAGCAGCGAAAGGAUCAUCGCUUCUUGGAGCAGCUGGUGGCGCCUGGAAAUUUUCGCACAGUGGCUCAUGUAGUUUUGAACAAUGGUUCGAUUAAUGCUCAACUCAACUACUUCCUUGAUCAGCAUCAAAUUCGAGACCCAGGACUCACACAAGCCGGGCCAUUGGCGUCGCUCCAAGAGGCAAAUUUGUCGACGAGGUUGGGUCAAUUGGCACAUGUCUCCCUCGCCAACAUCGAUCAGGUUCAAUUGCAUGCAGUCCGAGUGCUUUUUGAGGGAUUACACUUUUACCAUGGCGGAAACAUUGAAACACCCACUAACUCCCCUGCAAACCGCCCAGGUCCACAGAAUCAAGGGGGGGGCGGACGCGGCGGUGGGGCUGCUGCGGUGCCACCAUAGGAAUGCCAAAGCAUGGAGCAUGUUGGCUGCCGUAAACGAAUCGGAGAUGACAAAAUGUCUCUUCAUCGUUUCAAUUUUUUGUCGCCCUCCUGCUGCUUUUUGUUUGCUAUUGUGCGGAUAUGAACCGAACAAGGUCUAUGAGGGUGAAUGCACAUGGGGGGAAAUAAAUUAACGAUUACGUUGGAAUCGCCAACCACGAAGUUGGCUACCGGUAGACUAGGUUAUAAUUUUAGUUUUUCGUCUGUCGUCGUAACGUUUUUAGGGUUAUGGGUUACCACAGGUUAGCCUGGAACCUUUACCUCGUACCGGUACCGGUACGAGUUUUGAG